AUGUUAUCUCUCUCAAUGUACUCUCUUUUUUCUCUUUCUCUUUCAUUUUUCUCUUUCCCAAUCAUUUUCUUCUCUUUUUCACGGAUUUUUUUUUCUCUUUUUGGCUCAUUUUAUAUUUUCCCCUCAUUUUUUCUCUUUCUCUCUCUUUUUCUCUUUCUCCUUCAUUCUUUUCUAUAUUUCCUUUACUUUUUCAAUUUCUCGCCCAUUUUUCUCUUUCUCCCUCAUUUUCUUCUUUCUUUCUCUCUUUCUUAUCUCUUUUCUUCUCAUUUUUCAUUUUUCUUCUUCUUUUUAUUUCAUUUUUCUCUUUCUCCCAUAUUUUCUUUUUUUCCCUCUUUUUGUUUUUUCUCCUCAUUUUUCUCUCUCAUUUUUGCAUUUCACUCUCUCUUUCUGCCUGUACCCCUCUUUCUCCUCCCUCCAUUAGACAAUGCAAUUAUACAUACAUGUUCUGCUAUAAUCAUAUCUAACUCCCAAUAUUCUUCUUAG